CGUUCAUAUUCCCGGCUCCGUAAUGUAUAUGGUCGCCCAUCAGGGCGCUGAAGGCGUGCUGCUGCGGCGGCGGCGGCGGCUGCUGCUGCUGGUGGUGGUGAUGGGGGGUGGGAAACUGCCCCAUGCCCAGCCGGUGCGCGGGGUGGUGGUGGAGCCCGCCGGAGCCGUCGGGGAAUCGCCCGUGGUUCAUGGCCCCCCCCGUCGCCAGCCCGGGAGGGCAGCUGAGCGCCAGCAUGCAGCUCCAGAAGCUGAACAACCAGUACUUCAGCCACCACCCCUACCCCCACGGCCACUACAUGCCGGACUUGCACCCCGGCACCCACCAGCUGAACGGCGGCAGCGGCAGCCAGCAGCAUUUCAGGGACUGCAACCCCAAGCACGGCGGCGGCGGCGGCGUCAGUGGCAGCGGGUUGCCGCCCGCCGUCCCCCACGUCCCCGCGGCAAUGCUGCCGCCCAAUGUCAUAGACACUGACUUCAUCGACGAGGAGGUCCUCAUGUCCUUAGUCAUCGAAAUGGGGCUGGAUCGCAUCAAGGAGCUUCCCGAGCUGUGGUUGGGACAGAACGAGUUUGACUUCAUGACAGACUUCGUUUGCAAACAGCAGCCCAGCAGGGUGAGCUGCUGAUUCAUUUCAAACAAACAAAGGACUUUCUAUCGGUGCGAAUGAAAACAUUCCCCUAGACGCGGUGUCUCACUUUUCAGGGCUUGAAAAGGUGAGAAUCUGGAAAGCAGAGUCAACUAUGCGCUUGUAUAAAUCCUUUUUUUUUUUUUUUUCUUUCUUUCUUUUUUGUUCCCCCCCCCUCCCCUUAAAUCGCUGCCACUUUUUCUGUAGCCUUGACACUCACGUCCCCUCCCGUAGUAAUAAUUUCUAGCGAACUCUGCCUUUUUAUGUUGGUCGCUCCCCUCCCCUCCUCACUCUCUUCCAUUUCCUGGCAGAUUUCGUGCCCAUAAUUCCCACAGUGCUGAACUGUUAGAUAUUAAUCUUGGCAAAUUGCUUAAUCUUGUGGAUUUUGUAAACGAUGAUUUCCAAUGACUUGAACUGCAUUCAAAUUCUGAGUGAACAGGGAAAAAAAAUUGCAUUAGUUGGUUGCAUGAACUUUGAAGGGCAGAUACUACUGCACAAAUGCUGCCAUCUUGCUUAAUUUUUAACUAUGCAUUGCAGUGCAGACUAAUUUUUUUUUUUUUAUUCUUCAAUACGCUAAACUGGAAGCUUAACAGAUGUGGGCCAAACCUUUCCAGAUCAGGAAAAGUAAUACUGUUACUUAAAAAAGUCUGCUACCCAUUCCCCCUCCCCCAUAUGUACAGACAAUAAUAUGGUGUGGAUGGAAUGUUGACUAGUGGCAAACAUUUCACAGAUUUUUUUUUUUUUUUUAAUUUUGUUUCUGUCUUCAGCAUUUUGACACUGUGCUAAUAUAGUUUAUUCAGUACAUGAAAAGAUACUACUGUGUUGAAAGCUUUUCAGGAAAUUUUGACAGUAUUUUUGUACAAAACAUUUUUUUGAGAAAAUAUUGUUAAUUUAUUCUAUUUUAAUUUGCCAAUGUCAAUAAAAAGUUAAGAAAUGCUUUAGUUUUUCUAGAAGUCAUUUACCAGUAUUUUUCUUCAAAACUCUUCCCCACUGUCCCUGGUAAGUAGAACAUCUAUCUGUACAACCGUGUUGGUGUGCAAAAAGACAUUCCAAAAUAGAAGGUACACUACACCCAUAUAUAUGUCAUGGUGAACUCGGUAGGUGAGUGGGAUUUGAACAUACUUACAGCAUAAAGCCUCAUACGUAACAUUGUAAUAUGCCUGUCAGUGUGGUUUUAUGAAAAAUGAAGUUGCCGAGGAGCAACUUUCUUGUGACUUGCCAACAUACUUGCUUUAAAUGUAGUUGUCCAGAGUUAUGAUGCAUAAAGUAUUUAUUAUAUUUAUCUAUUAAACUUGUAAUUUUAUAAAUCUGCUUUCA